GAGCACGGUGCAGAUAGGUUUGGGUAGGUAAGGAUUGCCGGCGAGCGGGAGAAGGCAUCAAGGUAGGUAUCAUAUGUAAGCUCGAUUGUUUCGUUGUGAUUACUCGUACUUUUAAUCGAGCCCUAUGCCCCUCUCUCCUGGCCCCUCGACCUCUCUCGCGCUCUCCAGUCCUCCCUCGUCCUCCGGAAGGUCGUUACGUAUACGCCAUGGUUUUGGGUUGAGCUCGAAACCGCAGCAGCAGGCUCGAGAGCGAAAAUUGAGACGGCAAGACUUGGUAUGUUGGGGCGCUGCGGCUUGUCCGCCGUGCGCCCUUCGGGUUUGUCACCACGCAAGCAAAGCAAAGCAAGGACCAAGCCGGAGCCGGGAACAUCUCGUACGGGGUCCCUCCGUCAUCCAAUCGCGUGUCUCGAUGGCAGCUACUACCGCGCCAUGGCUCGGAUCGGCCGCGGCGGCAAGGGUAUCCGGCUUCGCCACCCUGGGCAUGAAACGGGAAUUCGGAAGUGCAGAGAGCCGUAGUGGUGCCAGUGCUGUGGAGGGCGAGCUGGUUGACGUUUUGAACUGUUUGGAUGACGACAGCGCGCAGGAUGCGGCGGCCACUAACUCACAGUCUGCAGUCCCGGCGCCAAGGGUCAGCACUUGCCCUUCCGCAGCACGACCAACCAAAGCCGAAGGAAGCGCUCUCGGCAUGGCUUCCGAGACCUCAGACCUGGCUCAAAGACCGCCCGUUGCGCAACUGCUCUGCAGCCAUAGUGUGGAACAAUCUCCGGAAUCAUCCCUACACAGCCAGCACUCGAUCCUCCUUGCGCCAGCGCAGAUUUACUGUCGAUCGUCACAUGGCCGGACUGCACCGCUGCUGCAUGGACCUUUUUUCCACAAUUAAAGUAGGUACCGGGUUAGUAAAAAGGUUCUGGGAAGAAGAACAAGAACAAGAAGCAGGCAUACGCAUGAGCUCCUCCUCUACUGCCUCCACCGACGACCCAACCAUCACAACCACAUGUGGAGCUUCAGGAUGCGGAACCAACAGUGACACCGCCGACGACGAGCCCACGCCCACGCCGACCGCCAGCGGUAAUGAGACCGAGAUCAUCGUCAGCGCCAGCGGCGCGAGCAGU